UCCGACCCCGGAGGUGUCGUUCCGUGGAUGCGGUCAUGACGGUGUCGCGCGUGAAAGCGUCUUCUUUCGCGUCGUCGUCGUCGUCGUCGGCGGCGGCGGCGGCGGUGCCAGCGCCCAGCGCACUGCGCCUCAACAAGGCCAUCCAGGACGCGGAAAAGCUGACCGGCCACAACACGAGCCGGAUGUCCGAAAAACUUAUGAGGAUCGGCGAACUGCACACUUUCCUUAGCACGGUGGGCAAGAUGAUGGGCAGUCAGCAUCCCAUUGUGGACUCGGUCAAGCAGCUCCUGUUUCAACAGAGCGCCAACAUCCAGACGCGGGGACUGCUGGUGUCUCUGCUCAUCAAGGCCUGCGGCGUGUCCGCCGACAGCGUGGAGCUCCGCGACGUGGUCCUGAAGCGUCAGAAGCUGGUCGUGAACGCCACCGAGGAGUUCCACGCGGCGCAAACCAUCCACGCGUCGGCCGCCAACCUGGUGGACCAGGCGCGACUGGACCCGCUGGUCCUGGAUGACAUCCAGACGGGCAACAAGAUGACCGUCCUCGCAGGAGACUUCUUCUUCUCCAAAGCCUUUCAGACGACGACGGACAUUGGUAUCCCCUUGAUGCUGCACGUGUUCGGCAAGGCGGUGGAGGACUACGUCCGGUCGCACUUUGAGGGCGACCUGAGCCAGGCGAGCGAAGUGGACGCGAUCUGGUGGGAGGCCAAGACGCACCUGAAGACGUGCAGCCUCCUGGCCUCGGGCUACCGCGCCGCCGCCAUGGUGGCCGGCUUCGACCAGGAGCGCCAGGACCACGUCUACGAGCUGGGCAAGCACAUCGCGCUCGCCUUCCAGACAUACCACGAGACGAAGCAGUUCCUCAGCACGUCUUAUUCGUCCGGACUGAACUAUGACCUCACAAGUCUCCCAAUGGUCCUGCACAUGGAAACUCACCCCAACUUGCUGCAGUCGGCGAAAGAGGGCAGGCUCCAGGAGCUCCAGUUUGCCCAGGUGCACUCCGAGAUCAUGACUGGCGACUCCCUGGAAAGGGUGCAAGUCAUGCUGGGCUACUACAUCCAGGAAGCCCAACUGCUGACCGAGAAACUCGGACCCUCCGAAGCCGCCACCUCAUUGAUCGGCAUCGUGAACAGCUUGCGUGAUCUAUGAGCGCAAAUAGUUCCAGCUCGCGGUGUGGUCGCUGCUUCGUGAAACCGAAUGCUUUAAUGUGUACAGUUAAUUAUUGUUCCUAAUUGUCAAAGAUUGUUACAUCCUAAGAAAUCCCCGCGUGUCUACUUACCCGCAAGACACUCAAAGAGCCAAUCUUUA